CACUGAUGAUCAGUGUGCCCUGAUGAUCUGUGUAGCCCCAGCAGCGCCACCUGUCAGUGUCCAUCAGUGCCAGCUCUCAGUGCUCAUCCAUGCCACAUCAGUGCCACAUUUCAGUGCCCAUCUGAGCUGCCUUUCUGUGUCACCCAUCAAUGCCAUGUGCAUCAGUGCCAGUCAGUGCCGCCUAUCAGUGCCAUAUAUGAGUGCUGCCUUUCAGUGCCCAUCAGUCAUGCCUGUCAAUGCCCAUCCGUGCCACCUACCAGUGCCUCCUCAUCAGUGCCCAUCAGUGCAGCCUAUCAGUGCCCAACAGUGCAGCCUCAUUAGCGCACAUCAGUGAAGGAGAAAAAUCACUUAUUUACAAAAUUUUAUAA